AUGGCGAAGUACAUCGGAGAGGAGGAGGUGUAUCAGGCUUUCGCGAGAUCUCGCUACGAUCCUGAGAGCCUCAUCCUGGACGUCAGGGACGUCAAGAAAUACGCGGGAGGCCACGGCCACUUGUACAAUGCCUUCUGCGUCCGUGUGACGAACAACGGGCGAGCGCUGCUAGACUACAGCAAAGCCCACUACAACUUCAAGUGGUCGGAAGGCGUCUGGUGGGACAAACCGGUCAUCGUGUACGGACCCGAGAACCUGAAGAAGGACCAUCCCGUAGUCACUUUCCUGUCCAAGGACGGCCGCACGCGCUCCCUCGGGGUGUACCGCGAGGGCGCGGGCGCUCUCCGGGACGCGCUGCCGUUCCUGUUCACCACCUCGACGAAGGCCGCGGCGCCCAGCUACCCCGCGGCCAUCGUGCAAGACGCCGUCUACCUGGGCGACUGGGAGCACGCGGCGGACGAGCGCGUCCUGCGGGACCUCAACAUCACGCUCGUGGUGACCGUGCACAACGACCCGAAGAACCUGCGGGGCCUCCCGAAGGACGUCGCGCACCUUCCGUUCGUGCUCGCCGACCUUGAGACCGAGCGCAUCCGUCCGCUGUUCGACGUGGUCAAUGAGCGGGUGCACGAUGAGGUCAACCGGGUGGUGGGGAAGGGGAAGCGCCGGGGCGCGGUGCUGAUCCACUGCGGCGCAGGUGUCAGCAGGAGCGCCGCGCUGGCGAUGGCGUACUUGAUGUACCGUGACAAGUGCACCGCCGCGUCCGCCAGGGAGCGUGUCCUGCGGCGCCGCACCAUCGCGGAGCCCAACGCCGGGUUCUGGCGGCAGCUUUGCGAGUACGAGAUCGACCUGGGCGUGCACGGACGGAGCGAUCCGAACGCGAUCAAGAGCAAGAACGCCGCUGCGGAAACGGCGGCUGCCGAAGAGGCCGCGAAAGCGCCGGCUGCUGGGCCGUCGUUCAAUGAGGUGGCUGCCCUGGCUGGGUCCGGUGUGCGGCGGUACGAGUGCGUCGUGGAGAUGCACAUCAUGAAGGGCGAGGAGCGCGUCGGGAAGCUCGUGAUCGAGCCCGGCAUUCAGCCGGGCGACCGCUAUGUCCUGGGGCGCGAGCAGGGCAGCUGCGAGCACGUGAUGGAGCAUCUCUCGAUCUCGCGGGCGCACGCGCAGCUGACUUCGGACGCGAAGGGCGUCGUGUACGUCACGGACCUCGGGUCGAGCCACGGGACGAACGUCGACGGCGCGUGGGUGCGGGCGCACGCUCCCAAGGUGCUCCGGGAGGGCAUGGUGCUGCGGUUCGGGGCGAGCACGCGGGAAUACGUGGUCAAGCGAAUCGAGAAGCGAGAGGUGUCGUCGUGA